CGGACUGAUAGCGGGAACGCUGAUUGCAAAUGUUAGACUUCAAUUCCCGUUCCCCGCUUUAACAGCGGCAGCGGCUUCCAACAUUUCAGUUUUCAAUGACAAUCACGAUCUGACGCAACUCCGUUGAACACCAUGUCUCGCUGCUGGAUUUUGGCCUGCAUCUGGUUCUUGGAGAUCCUCAGCACUUGCCAAGCUGGAAAACAGAUGCAGGAGCCGCGGGUUAUCAACGGCAGUAUCGCCAAAGCAAAUGAAACACGUCACAUGGUGUCCAUACGUUUGCGAAAGCACGACAACAACUUCGGCAGUGGCCACAUCUGCGGCGGAGCACUAAUCUCUGUCAAAAAGGUCCUAACAGCCGCCCACUGCCUGUACAACAAUCAAAAGAAGCGUUAUCGCCACCCAAGCGAAUUUGUUGUGGUCAUGGGGACCUUGAACCGCUUUGAGAGACAAAAUGGGACUAUCGUGGCCCAGGUGAGUUCCAUGGCUUAUAUGAACACCUUUAGUCCGGACACAAUGCGCGACGAUGUGGGUAUUUUGUUUCUGAGCCCAUCGGUGUCACUGGGGGAGGGCCAACUGGCAGUUACUCCUAUCCAACUGACUGGAGACGCCACACCUCCGGGCAGAGUGUGCCAAAUCGCCGGAUGGGGACGAACAGAGCAGAGCUCUCUGUCCAGCAUUUUGCUAACUGUCAACGUUAGUACUAUCCGCCACCAUACAUGCCGGAUGAUCUACAAGUCCGGACUACUGCCCGGCAUGAUGUGCGCAGGACGCCUUCAGGGCGGCACGGAUUCCUGUCAGGGUGAUUCAGGAGGUCCUUUGGUUCAUGAAGGGCGCGUCGUCGGUGUGGUCUCUUGGGGCUAUGGAUGUGCGGAGCCUGGACUACCAGGUGUGUAUGUGGAUGUCCAGUAUUAUCGGCAAUGGAUCGAAGCACGCAGCGGAACUAUCAGCGCCAAGAUCACCCCUGCUUUUCUCAUCGUUACCCUAUUUUGGAAUAGUAUUGUAUAUUAUGUUUUAUAUAAUAUAUAUUAACUUAUUUUUAUAUUUUUGAGGACGGAACCUUAUGAGUUGCUUUAAAUAGUAUUUAUCCUUUUAUACAUUAAUUUUAUUUCAUACUGGCUUGUAUAUUUUAGAACAACUGAAACAAAUCGAAACAAAAACUGAAAAAAUUCACUAGGAAAGCAGAAUGAGAAGUAUAUAACUCCUCUAAAAAAAAUCGUCCGAUUUUGCUGAAUUUCAUUUUAUAAAUAUAAAUUGAUAAAGUAGAUUAAAAGAACUUUUCUAUGGCGGCAAUACAUCAAGAAUUCAUUUUUGGCCGUGUGAAGGGCGUGGCAAAAUUUUGCCCCUAACUUGAUCUAUUUAUCUACCGAACUUUAUAGCUCUAUCUCUUAAAGUUUCCAAGAUCCACGCGUUUAAAUAUAAAAAAAAUAUAAAUGUAAAUGGCUAUAACUCUUGUAAAGUGUGAUUUGGCUAAAUUCAGAGCUUGCAAAUAAGAGUUAACCGUUUUUACUUGUUAAAAAAUAAUCCUCAAUUAUGGACCCUUUGAACAAAUUGUCAGGAAAAAACCUUUGGAUUCGGUUUUUGAGGUAAAAGGUCUCACUCAGAGAAAACCCGAUAUUUUUUGUUUAACUUCGAUCAGGUUAUUUACUGACCCUUUGACUGAGAGUUUAAAAAAUAAAAGU